GCCGACAAGAACCACUUUACUUGGACGUCCUGCCUGCUUUACUUUCGGAUGAAGUACAAGUGCUCAUCCAAAGCCAAGCUAAUCACAUACACACACCAUUCGUGUACAACUAGUUUCAAUCCAUUCCUACACCUGAGGAGAACAAUUCAACACCAACCACCACGAGCAGAGCACAUUUAAACUUUACACACGUUGCACCACUUAAUACCGAGAAGAGCACUUGUUCCGCACAAUACACACUCUCAAGCCGACUUGACCAAACCAAAUUAUUGGCAUAUGCAAAAGCAGCCAGUUAUUAUAAGGCCGCAGAAGCAGAAGUGGUGUGGUGAACUCCUUCUCAGCCAGUUUUACUUUACUACUAUUACUACAAUUACUUCUCAUCGUCAUCAUCUCCGGCAAUCAUUGUAGUCAAGAGUCCACACUUGGAACAAGACCAAGAAUUAAACUCUUGAUCAUUGUUAUUAGUUCGAGUUCUUGCGGUGUGAUUCUUAAUUUUAUAUAAGUUUAACUAUGGCGUACUUCGGAUACUCGCCACCGACUGGUCCACCGGUUUCGGCAUCUUCGCUUCCUCAUCAUCCCAAUCCAACAGCCUUCAAUAACAAUCAGUGAUCAUCCAACGGGAACUCUCCUAAAUCGCUAACAGAACUUAAUCACUUAUUCCAAUAAAUUUUCACCAAAUUAAAAAUAAAAACUAAUUUGCUCCGCAACGUGUGCAUUGACUUAUCUACAAUUACGUACUUACAGUUGUCGCUUUGUAAGAAAGAAGCACCACCGCACGCAUUUAUCCAUGUCGUGGGAACGCAUACAUAAACUUAAAAUAACGCUAUAAUUCAAAUUACCACACUGCAUCCACACUAUCGCUGUGUAGACAAAAUAUAGCGAAUUUAGAAAUUAUUGAGUUAUAUUUAGUCAUCCAAAUACAACCCUGCACUUGUUUAACACCGCACCAAGUGUACAUUCGAAUCAACCUGUUCAAGAAUAAGCAACAUAAAUUUUAAUAAAACCCGAUGACUGGACAAAAAACUGGCAACAACGCCUUGUUUGAAAUCCCCAUCUAAUAAAGCAUUAAACUACCAUCGACCAUAACCACCACGACGUUUCUGGAUCUGGAGGAUCUGUUGGCCGGCUUAUAAAAAAUUUUGCUGGGAUCUCCAAACUCCUCGUCCGGAGGAGGAGGUGGGGGAGGGAUGAGUGCGUCGUCGCCUUCGACGUCUCCCACCGGAAUCGCCUCGUCCCCCGCAAUGACGUGUUGCGAAGGAGGUCGCCCUCUGGUCACUGACCCCGUCACGGGUCACCAGGUGUGUUCAUGCCAAUAUGACCCGUCCCGACUGACGCUGUCCUCCUACCCACGAAUCAGCCCCUACGGACCCUCACCAUACCCUCCAACAGAGCAGAAUCCCUACCAAACCCUCGAGUCUUCUGCCUUUUACUCACCCUUGGGUGGGGCCUAUGCAGGCUUGAAGGAAACCAGCGGAACUGGCGACGUGUCAUGCUGGUCCAAUGGCUACUACCCUCCAUACGAAACCUUCGCAGCAUACGGAUAUGGAGGUGGCUAUGAUCUUGCAGCUAGACGAAAGAAUGCAACUCGCGAAAGUACAGCUACCCUCAAAGCCUGGCUAAAUGAGCAUAGAAAGAACCCUUAUCCCACGAAAGGCGAGAAGAUAAUGUUAGCUAUAAUCACAAAGAUGACGCUCACCCAGGUCAGCACUUGGUUCGCCAACGCUCGCCGCAGAUUGAAAAAGGAGAACAAGAUGACGUGGGAGCCCAAAAACAAUAAAAGUGAGGACGACGACGAUGACAUCAAGGAUGACGAUGAUGAUGACAAUUCCUCCACCGCCCCAGCCAGUUCUCCGGGUAGCAACAAUAAUAGGAUAAAACAUGAUCCGUCAGACCUUGACACGACCAAGAUGAACUGCGCCAAUUCCAAGCCCAAGAUCUGGUCGUUAGCCGAAAAUUUGCCUCCAAAAGCUAGGAUCUGGUCAGUGGCGGAUCUCGCUGGAAGUGGUCACGGGGGUGGUGGGCGUCAUUUGCCCAAGGGUGGGCAAGAUACAAGUUCCAAGACGCCCCCACCUCACCCCCCAUCGCACCUUCUGGGACAUCACCAUCCUGGACUUUAUCACAACCACCACCAUGGCCAUCCAAUGUCACACCAUCCUGGAGGACCACCCAAUGGUCCUUUGCCACCCCCAGUGUCAUCAUCCUGGAGCUUUGCGCUCCCAGGGUACCGAUAUGGCAGCGGUUUUAUUCCUGUGUCGAAUGACGGAGUGGGAACUGAUACGCCUCCAACCACUCCACCCACGAAAGUACCCUUGCUGCCUGGUAGCUUAUCUCACUUCGUACCGGGAGCAGGAAACCAUCCUUCAGGACUGAGCUCAGCAGACCUCGCUGCCACUGCUUUCAAACCUGUCCUCAAAAGCUCAUCUGGAGGGUUCUGCAUGUGAUGAGAUGUGUCAACCCACACUUGACGAGAUGAUAAGAAGGAGCAAAGUUUGCACCAUUACUACGAUAGAAAGUACUGCCAUCAUCAGUUAUACUACUACCACCACCACCCCCACCACCAACAACACUUGUGACGUGCAAAACAAAGCAGCCCAGUGAAAUGUGACGUGGUGACCACCCUGUGAUAUACAACAACAAACAAACCCGAAAAGCCAUGCAGCCUCGAUCAUCAUCAUCCGACGACGACGACAAUGAGUGGGAAACAUACUUGAAAAUGUGAAAAAAAUACUUUGAGCUAUCACACCACGUCAAACCAUCACAAAAAACUACUAAUUACUAGAGACAAAACCGAUUUCUUAUUAAGUUCGUCAAGUGGAUGAAGCACAUUACCUUAUAAAUAAAUAACGCCACAGACAUAAAGCUACAAACUAAACUAAUUGUAAGAUUAAUAUACGUUAAAUAGCUUAUUUAAGUAUUAUUAUUACAUUCUACUCGUUAUGAUAAAGAUUUUUAGACAAUCCUUGAAAUAUAUACCAAACAAACCAUACUACAAGCAAUGAAGUAAAUGUACGCGAAAUGCAAUGAAUACUUACAAGAAAAACAUAAAAUGAGUAUUGCUUAUUAUGUACUAUAACGAUAAUAAAAGAAUGGGUGUCGUGACCACCCCCUUUCAAUAUACAUA